GUUGACAAGUAGACGACACUUGCAUAAAAUAAAACAUAAUAGAGGCUUUGUUUAGAUUGACAACGUAUACUUCACUUUUUUAGCCUCUUUUAGGCAAAAUGGCUUGGCUUUUCAGCUGGCUGAGGCUUUCCUUGUUUUGGUAUUUCUUGGUUUGCGUCCGAAGUGAGGUUUUUACUGCCCUCAUCGAAAUGGAAAAUCUGGUGUACCGUGAAAAAGAGAUGCUGGACAGCCUCAAAGGGUAUCUUCAGGCGGAACAAGAUAGACUAGAAGUGAUCAAAAGAUUUACUGAGAAACUAGAUCAGAUUCAUUCUGCUAUUCCUCAAGAAAAUGUGGAGAGGCAUUUAGGUCAUCCUUCCAAUUCAUAUCUGCUAAUCAAAAGAUUUGUUAAGGAAUGGCCUGCGAUAGAAGAAUUGUCAAAAAAUCCCUCUUCAGAAAUUUUAGAGGAUGUGUUAAACAAACAUCGUAAUUUGUUUCCUGACGAGUCUGACUUUGAAGGAGCAAUUGAUGCCAUAUUUCGAGUUCAGGAGAUCUUUAAAGUCAAAUCUCUUGAUCUUGCGAAAGACAACAUACCCUCUGAGACUCGAGGCUUCCCAAUGAUGACUAAUGAUGCUUUUGAAAUUGGAAAGACAGCAUAUGAGUCUGAAAAGUAUGAAGAGUCGCAGAAAUGGCUGGAAACUGCUGUCACCCUUUGGAAGGAAGGCUUACAUACUAAUAAAGAUAAUAUGGCAGAAAUUUUGGACUAUUUAUCAUAUGUAGAAUACAAGCUUGGACACCUGAGAAAAGCAUAUAACUUAACAUUAACCUUAUUAACCUAUGAUCCUAGUUAUGAACGUGCACAAAAAAAUCUUAGGUAUUAUGCUGAUGAGCUCAAGUCCAGAGGUCAGCUAACUGGUGAAAAAGGAGUUCUGCGUUCUGAUGAUACAUUGUUGUAUGAUGAAGGAGAUGAAAGUAACAUUGAUGUUGAUGAAGAAACUUCAAAGGAGAAAAGUUGGAGGCAAUCCAAGGCAUUUCGACUCUACUCCAAAUUGUGUCGUUCUGAUCCUGAAACAUUGUUUAACUUUACAGUUUCUCAACAACAACAGUUGAAAUGUUGGUUUUACAAAGACAAACCGUGGCUUCAUUUGCGAGGAAUUGGUGUUGAAAGACUACACGUCGCCCCUGAAGUGUUGUAUUUUAGAAAUGUACUUACGGAUUUUGAGAUUGAAGUGAUCAAAAGAUUAGGAAGACCAAAGCUGAAGCGAGCUGUAAUUCAGCAUCCUGAGACUGGAAAUCUGGAGCCUGCAGACUAUAGAAUCAGUAAAAGUGGUUGGUUAAAGGACUCGGAAAAUCCCGUUGUUGCACGUAUCAGCCGAAGAAGCGAGCAUUUAACUGGAUUGACAUUUAGCACUGCUGAAGAACUUCAGGUCAACACUUAUGGAAUGGGUGGUCAUUAUGAGCCCCAUUAUGAUCAUGCGCAGGGACAUGAAGAUAAAUUCUCAGACUUGGGCACUGGAAAUAGAAUUGCCACUUUAUUGUUCUAUAUGAGCGACGUUGAAUUAGGGGGUGGAACUGCGUUUAUAAACGUUGGAGCCUUGGUUCAGCCAAGAAAGGGCGACGGAGUAUUUUGGUUUAACUUACACAAGAAUGGAAAAGGGAAUCUACAGACAAGACACGCUGCUUGUCCAGUAUUUGUUGGAACUAAAUGGGUUGCCAAUAAAUGGAUACACGAGAAAGGACAGGAGUUUCGCCAUAAAUGCUCCCUGAAUCACUGGGAAUAAAGCUGAGAAUAAUAUAAAAAUUCUAUUUAUUUUUAUUAGAGAUACUCUGUGUAAUAUUAGAGAUGCUACGGUGUAAAGUUGCCUGCUUUCUACAAACAUAGGUUCGCUCGCUUUAUUAAACAUGUGGAAGGACUGUGUUAGGUUAUUUUUUCUAUACACUGCUGCAGUGCUGCUAGAUGGCCAUUACUGUUAGAAAUGGCACAAUUUCUUGAAGUUUGUCAUUCUUAAACAUAUUCCCAACGAUGAGUUAAUUCAUCCGAGAUUAAUGGAGAGAUAUUUUUGUGAAAUACUAUGUAAUUAAUAAUAUAAAUUAGCUACGAAUACAUUUAAAAGUACUCUUACAAAACAUUUUGACACGUCGCGUUUUUCUUAACACCGUAAGCCGAGUGCAUUGGAUGGAUUGGAUAUUUAAAAUGCUUAUUAAGUAUUUGAAGAGAGUAUUAAAUUUUGCUACACUACGAAA